AUGGACCUUAUGGAACUUUUGAUUGUGCUUCAAAAGGAGAAAUCUAAAUGUUAAAGUUGGUUUAUAGUAAUCCAGUUAAGGAAGAAAAAGACAUCUUCUUUGCAAAGAGCAAAGGAGUUUAAAUCACAAGUGCAGAUAAUCCAAAAGAUAGCGCCAUAGAUGAAAAUACUUUGGAGAAUAUCCAUUGUUGAGGAGAACCCUGGAUAAAUGGCUACUCUUUUUUCCGGUAAAUUUGGAGAUGAUGUUCCAAAUUUAGACGCUGCUCAUAAAAGAUUUAAGUAAAUUCAACAAAUGGGAAUUCAAUUACAUGGUAUUCAUUUUCAUUGUGGAAGUGCUGUCUAAGGAUCAUCCUCAUUUGGGAAAACUAUAGAUUUAGCCUAAGAUUAUGGAGUUGUUAGAUAUAGGCGGGGAUUUCCAACGGGAAACAUUCAUGAAAAUGCUAUUAAAGCAUUAAAAAGAACAGAAAAUGAUCCUUUAGGAUAUGAAGUAAUUGCUGAACCAGGAAGACACUUUAGUGCUAACUCAUGUUCACUUUUAUUUCGAAUUUUGACUAAAAGAAUAAAGCAUGGGAGAUUAUGUUAUCAUGUUAAUGAAUCUUUGUACCAUUCUUUCAACAGUAUCCUUAUGGAUGGAAUAUCAUUUGAAAAUUUGAAUGAUCAAUUUUAUAGUGUUCUUAAUUCUGAUGAAUCCUAAAAUUCUUAAAUUUCAGACUAAUCUAAUGUCUCAAUCUUUGGUAUGACAUGUGAUGGAGCUGAUGUUAUCGCUAACAAUAUUACUGUUCCUACUGACAUGAAUGUAGGAGAUUGGUUAUGCAUGCAAGGUAUGGGAAGCUAUACUAUUGGACCUAAAUCUACAUUCAAUGGGAUGAAAUCAACUACCAAAGUUUAUUAAUGGAGUGGCUAACUUGAAUAACAAAGUUAAUCAUAACCUUAAAUAGCUAUAAGUUAAUUUUUUUGA